UGGCGUGGCCAGGGGCAGGGGUGGGCGCGAGCCAGGAGGCUGCGCGGCCCGGCGUUAUCCUGCCGUGGAGGGGUCCAGAGCCCUGAGCCUGCACCGCACGACCUGUUUAUCUGCUUCUGGCGGGCGGGGACUUUGUCCCGUGGAGAGGUGUGACUUGUGACCUAUAAAGCAGGGCCGCGCACCUCGGUCACACUUUGCCGCACACCUCUGACGCCAGCUCCUUCCCUCCCAAGCCUGACCCGCCAAGGGAGCCGCGAUGGCCAACGAGGCGAAGCCCUGCCCCUGCGACAUCGGCCACAGGCUGGAGUACGGGGGCAUGGGCCGUGAGGUGCAGGUGGAGCACAUCCGGGCCUACAUCACCAGGCCCCCGGCGGAUGCAGGAAGGGCCGUCAUUGUGGUCCAGGAUAUAUUUGGCUGGGAACUGCCCAACACCAGGUACAUGGCUGACCUGAUCGCAGGAAAUGGAUACACAACCAUCGUCCCAGACUUCUUCGUGGGGAAGGAGCCAUGGAGCCCCUCGGGGGACAUGAGCAUCUUCCCUGAGUGGCUCAAGUCCAGAGAUGCCCGGAAGGUGGAUAAGGAGGUGGACGCUGUCCUGCGCUACCUGAAACAGCAGUGUGGGGCCCAGAGGAUCGGCAUCGUGGGCUUCUGCUGGGGGGGCAUCGUGGUGCAUCACGUGAUGACCAAGUACCCUGAGGUCAAGGCAGGGGUAUCCGUCUACGGCAUCGUCAAGGAUUCGGAGGACGUGUAUGACUUAAAGAACCCCACGCUGUUCAUUUUCGCCGAAAAUGACUUUGUGAUUCCCCUUGAGCAAGUCUCUCUGCUGACCCAGAGGUUGAAGGAGCACUGCAAAGUGGAGUACCAGGUUAAAACCUUCACCGGGCAGACUCACGGCUUUGUGCACCGCAAGAAGGAAGACUGCCAGCCGGCCGACAAGCCCUACAUCGACGAGGCCCGGCGGAACUUGGUGGAGUGGCUGCACAAGUAUGUUUAGCAGCGAUCCGGCAAAGCGUCCUCAAAAUUGCUUCAUUCAGAAAUUUGCCUUGAAGUACCGAGAUCACGUGAUUUUACCUUUUUAAUUCAAAAAAAAUCAAUGUAAGGGUGCUGAAAUUAAUUUCAUCUGAAACGUAAAUUCAGAAGCAAGCUUUAAUGUGUGGAAGUAAUCUUGAACAUGUCCAUCCAGUGAGAAUGAAGGGGUAGAUGAGCACCUCAGGACCUGGAGGAGUCGUGGCGAGGGUGUCAGGCGAGGCCCGGGGCUCCCAGCCUGGCCUUGCAGUGUUUAGCUGGUCACCUCCUGCACAAUGGCGUCCCUGUAAUGCUGGGGCCAGGGUAGCUGGGGACAGACUAAGAGCCUGAUUACCUGUUCACCCUGUUCUCUCAUCUGUAAAACGCUGCAAUAAACUUUCUAUUGAUCACAUUAUAUCAACUAAUAAA